UUGUUGGUUUGAACCCUGGCCUCUGCAGUCUACAUGUCAAAGUGUCCGUGGGCAAGAUACUGAACCCAACAUCUGAGCGUGAAUGUUUAGCAGGUGACACUUUGUAUGGUAGCCUCUGCCACCAGUGUAUGAAUGUGUGGGUGUGUGUGUGUGUGAAUGCUGGCGUGUGUCGUAAAGCCCUUUGAGUGGUCGAUAAGAUAAUAUAAAAGCGCUGUAUAUAUACGGUCCAUUUAUCAUUCACCACAUCCUGCUGGGUGAGUUUGAGGAGGUUCUUACAGUAGAUGGUCUUUGGCCAGAUCCUACGUGGGCAUAAUGUCCUGUUCUGUAGAGAGUAGUGUUUACACAGAUGUAGAUCUGGAGAUUGGUUUUGAUGCCUAAUUGGUUGGAUUUCCAGAUUUGAAGGUUUUUAUUGAUCCAGUUUUUAAUCUCUUGGCUUGUACCACCAUUGUGGUAGAUGUAUAUGCUUUCUCUGCAUGAAUGACCCGUGUUGUUGAACACCUGUUGCUCCUUUGUUAUUACUGUUGGUGUAUUGAUGGGCAUGACAGGUUUCUGCCGUCGCUUCUUAUGGGGGCAACGAGACACAUAACACUGUAACCGAGCGUGUUGUGCAGCUUCCCUCUUUAUUUAUUUGUAACCCCCAAUUUCCAGCUACUUAUUUUUCUACAGCAACCCUGAAGGGACAUAUCAUCUCCAAUACAAAACACAUGAGACCGUCUGUUACAAUACCAAUGGUGGAAGACACGCUCAUAUAUUACUUAAUAUGAAUAUAACAAUAUAUACUCUAUACAUAAAGAAGUAUCAGUUUAUCAGUGUAAGAGAGCCGGUUCUUCAUUAAGCCACACGUAAAUAAGUAUUUUAAAAGUGUGUUUCCAUAGUAUUUAGUUAUUGUAACGGGCUCAUCUCGUGCUCGGUGUUAAUGUGUAACUGAGCUUGAAAGUGAGCCACAGUGAGGGCUGCUGUGUCCACUCAGCGGUGAGACUUCCCAUUGCAGUCCUCUAGCUCAAGGCUGCCCGUCUCCGGGCCGCUGCCAUGGACUCCAACAACACAACUCCCCCGCAACACAACUUUCCGUGCGUGUCUAACGUGCGCCGGACGGAGUGAGCGGAGCUGCCACCGGACCGCGGCGGAAAAGUUGAGACGACUUCUCGCUGACGACGGGACCGAGAGCCGCUCACCGGCGCUGUUUUUAGAGUCCCGUUUGUGGUUCGGUCACCUGCUGGCUUGAGAGUGCGUCAACGAGAAGUUGCAUCACCAUGGAAACGGUCAUCAGCAGCCCUGUUGAGCACAACCAGUCAACGGUGUUCAUCUCAAUAUUCAACUCCAGCUGUCGCUUUGACGAGGAGUUCAAGUACAUCCUGCUACCGGUGUCGUACAGUCUGGUGUUUGUGGUCGGCUUGGUGCUCAACGCUACAGCGCUGUGGUUGUUCUUAAAGAUGCGUCCGUGGAACCCCAGCACCGUCUUCAUGUUCCACCUCGCCCUGUCCGACUUCCUGUAUGUGCUCUCCCUGCCCACCCUCAUCUACUACUACGCCAACCGCAGUCACUGGCCUUUCGGAGUGGCCGCCUGCAAAAUAGUGCGCUUCCUCUUCUAUGCCAACCUCUACUGCAGCAUCCUCUUUCUCACCUGCAUCAGCGUGCACCGCUAUCUGGGCAUCUGCCACCCGAUCAAGGCGCUGACCAUGGUGAAGCCCCGCCACGCCCACCUGGUGUGCGGCAUGGUGUGGGCUGUGGUGAGCGUGUGCCUGGUGCCCAACCUCAUCUUCGUCACUACCUCCAGGAGGGACAACGACACCCUGUGCCACGACACAACCAGCCAGGAGGCCUUUGAGGAGUAUGUGGACUACAGCUCUGUCGUCAUGGUGCUCCUAUUUGGCAUCCCGUUCCUGGUCAUUGUGGUGUGCUACUGCUUGAUGGCGCGGACCCUGUGCCUACCCAGACGGGGGCUAACUGCCAGCCAGCAGGGCGCCGCCUCGCGUCAGAAGUCCAUCAAGCUCAUCAUUGUGGUGUUGGUGGUGUUUGCUGUGAGCUUCGUCCCAUUUCACGUCACCCGGACGCUCUACUACACCUCCCGUGUGUUAGACAUGAACUGUGAAUUCCUCAACAUUGUCAACUUUACUUACAAGAUCACCCGGCCGCUGGCGAGCAUCAACAGCUGCAUUGACCCAAUUCUGUAUUUCCUGGCUGGGGAUCACUACCGGUCCAAAAUGAUGUCUGUUCUGACGGGAAAAAGGCAGACGACAAGCAGCCAAAGACCUGAGCGGGCGCAGCCAAGUAACAUCCAUGACAUUGCUCUGGUCUAUAAGAACCCAGCCAGUGAAGACUUUAAGAGAUAGUGGGAAAUCUAUUGCAGAAUACUAAAAUAAUUAACAUGUAUUAAAGAUGUCUGCUCCAGACUAAGCUAACAGUUAUAAUCGCACAUGCAGAAGCACCUGUGAUCUUUUUUUUUUGUUUGCACUGAGAGCAGGUUUGGAAGAAACUAUUUUAAUUCCUGUGUUCAACAGGCAUAAAGACCAUGUUUCAAUUCCCCUCACUUUCUUGAGAAUACUGAGUUUGUAAGAUGAAAAGACCACAAAGGGUAUAUUACACCAAACUCAAAUCAAAAUAGAAAGUAUAUAAGCUGCUGCAUACUGCUCUUCUUUGGUGCCAAUGCAGAAGAAAACUGAAUCUGAGCCACUUGGGUUAAUGAGUUCGACACUGGCGGUCAAUGGUGCAUUCAAGUAAACCAUAGAAUAUUUAGUCAGUGGAUUGUUGUCAUCAAUCAGACACUCAUUGAUCCAAAUAUUCCAGUUCAUAUCCAAUCAAAGAUGGCAAAAACUAGCUAUUGGGUCAGAAAUGAGGCAAUUAUGAGGCAAAUUAUUCCUGUUGUAUCAACAAUGUCUGCAGAUAGCCAGUGCAGCUGUUUUUGUCCUUCAACUUUCACAGCUGUCUUUUGCUCAGCUGUGGAGAAAAAGCAAAGCGGCUGCUCCGGACAAGAGAGAUAUUAUCAAACCACCCACGCCUCCUUAUUACCCUUUUACCGUUGGGAUUGAUACUAGGAAUUUAAAGCCCCUUUUUCAAACAGAAAUUUAGGUUAAACUCCUGGAUGGUUUGGCCGGAUGUGAAAGCAGUGUUGGAAAGUUUGACUAAAUGCUACAGAGCAUUUGUCCCUCCACCCUCCAAUGCUGUUGCCGAUGGAUUCAUAAAGCUCUGUUUGUAUUACGGUUCUCGUGAUAUUAUGUACGAGCACGAAGAUAUUUUUGUAUCAUAAAGUGUUACAUCAUGAGUAACUGGUGUUUACUGUAUGUCACGUAUCAUCAGCUGAUUAUGGAAGUGAGAAAUCACCCACGAUAACAUUAAGCUCCAAUUUCUUAUCCAACUCGGCCUCAUGAAAAGAGUGAUGUCAGACUGAAACUAGCUCCACUUGCUGUGAUUGAAAUAGAUAGAGUGCUUGGGAAGUGAAAGCAGAGUAAUUCAAUAGAUAAAGAGCAAUGCGUAUACCCCCAAACAUAGGAUUUCUUUUCCCACAUGAUAAUUUUGACUGAAGUCACUUUAAAAUGAUAAAAAGCUACACCGUACUCCCCUAAAAUGUGACAGGAUCUAACGUACAUCUGAUAUGUUGUUCCAGUGCUUCAUGCUUAUUCACAGCUCCUGUUGCGGCCCUUUUGGCCAGGUCGUCAUUGUAAAUGAGAACAGGGGUCUCAAUUGA